UUUCUCAAUUCGUGUUCGACUGUCGGGUGGAACGCAACGUGUGUAUAUCCGUAUGGUCUCGUACUCUUUCGAAUCCGUGGGGCGUCGCGUUUUCGUUGUUGCAACUUACAUAUCCUCCGUAGUAGUUGUUCUUGUCUUGUUAUUGUCGUCAACUGGUAUAGUUUCGGUCGUAUCUUCCCUCCUCCUACUCGCCUAUUUCGGGAAAUCGUAGCAUAAAGUGACGGGAGGACAGAGGACCACACUCAUCUACCAGGGUGUAGAAUGCAACCGCGAAGGCAGAAGCAGUGAUGCGUGUGUGACACAUUUGAGAGCAGACCUCCUUCGUCGGCGAAUGCAAUUUCGCGUAGAGCUGUAGUCGAGCGUGGAGUGCGGGGAGUUGGUGAACUCUGUGGGCUGGUUGUUGCCUUCCUGGAGCGUGGUCCAUUUUAGUUGGCAGGGGGUCAAACCACGGAGAAACGUAAUAGAUUUUCCAACUGCGGUUUAAUGUUUCAAUAUCUUGCUCCGGGUAACGGGAGAGUGUGCAUUAUUAAUUGUCGUGAUUGCUUCCAGAUGAAGUGAUAUUGUCGACCUGUGACUGCGAAGUCUUUGUUCAUCGCCGAUCAGCGAUACGCGAGUGAGAGAUAAAUUGUGCUGUAAAUCAGUAUCUUCGACUGACCUGGAACGACAAUAAAAAAGUUUCUAAUUUUCAUUUCGCGUGAUUACUUUUGGAGUUUAAUAGUUGUGUUGAAAAUAUUUCAUCACCAUCGAGUUGUGGAGAUAACGUGAAGCGCUGUGUUGCUGUAAGUGAUUGUUUCUGUUUUCUGAACGAAGAGAAAUUAUUUUUCUUUUAUCGAAUGUGAUAAUCGAAUUCUUGUUGAAACCGUAUUUUGCAAAACGAUAGAGAAAAGAAGAGAUAGAAAACAAGUGUUGCCGCAAGUAAACUAGUUUAGUGCAUAUUGAUCGAUGGAAGGAGUAUAGCAAGUGCAGAAAAAUAAAUAGAAACGAGUGUUCGGUGUAAAAUAUGUUUACACAGUCUGAGUGAAACGGAAUAACAGUGCUCUCCAGUCACGCCGAGGGAAUCAAAACCGGAUCAAAACACGAUUCACGCAUAUUUUUCUGUUUUACGCCUGAUCGUCUCGUGGAUUGGCUGAAGCCAGCGAAGUUCAUCGAUCAGUGAGACCUUUCGAAAUUGCAAAGAGGAUAAUUUUCCAUCGACACGUGUACCAGGAAGAUAUCCCGUUCCCGAUAAUACAUACGAAAGGGAAUACAGGUCAACGGGGAUCUCUGUGGCCCAGUGACAGUGAAAGAGCCGGAGAGAUAUCCUUGCCAAACGCGUGAAUCCUGCGUUUGAGUGUGGUAGUGUUGUGGUGGUGACGGAUACAUACGCAGCAUCCACAAAGUUCAAGGAAUAAUCAACUGGAUCAUUUGUAAAAUCAUCACCAUGGCUUAGGAAAGCAUUCGAUUUUCGCGACAACCAUCAGCAAUCAAGAAGCAUCAACACCACCCACGUUUCACAAAAAUAAGAAGAAGAAAAUAAUUACAACCCACAACCACCGCGAGCCGCUCGUACAAAUCAAUAGCGGCUACCACUUAACGCAUUAUGAAAAGUGAAUCACUUUUCAUCGGUUAGCUGGCUAACCCAUAUUUCAACGCAGCGCGAAGAAACAGGGGAAAGAAAUCCACGAUUCCAGUCUUGGCAAACCGUGAUUUGAUUUUGCGUCGCAAUCUUCGGCCGUCGUCUUUCGCCGUUUAGUUUUUCUUUUAGUGUGCAAGCUAUUCGUGGUUGCCGUUGCGUUGCGGUCUUGCUGAUUAUUGUCUAUGAUGCCGAAGAUAGGCAUUUGAGUGAAACUAAAAUCGCUUCGAUUAUUAUAUUUUCGUUCGCUUCGGUUGUUGCGGUCUCCAACAGGCAUUAGAGGCAAAGGCAGCACACACAACAACGGCGUCGUCGUCGUCGUCGUCGUCACGGGCGCGCACUAAUUGAAAGAAAGCCGGAAAAAGCAAACUUUGAUUUCAAGCCCAGGCGUGCACUUCUGUUGUUGGGCGAGAGCUGCCGCCGCCUGUCUACUCUAUUAGUUGAAGCUAAAUUUUGGUCACUGUUUUUCUGAAGAUCCUUAUUUUCAUCGUGAGCAAGUGAGAUAACAGAUUUCGGAUUGCACCAGUGGCUCAAAGAAAGUUCGAGAGAAGUUUUCACCAGACGAAGAACAACCGCAAGAUAUGCACGAGGAAAAAUUAGCAUAUUGAAAGUGAUCCGAACGGUUGAUAUGCCGUGAAGAGAAGAAAAUUGUUUUCAUCAUCUGUGUACAGCCGAGGACGAGCAUUGUUCUCGUUGAUAAACGUUGGAUAGUUGCAGAAGCUGAGAGACGAGCGCGUGUGGAGGAAAAGCGGAAAAGUUGUGAGCAGUUCAGAAGCGAAAAGUUUCUCGUGGAAAAAUUGGAGGAUUAUAGCCGUUUAAGCAGAGCGAAAGCUCCGGAAGAUCGAUCAAGAUGUCAGCCGGAUUGAUGUCGUGUGUUCGCGAGAACUCGCCACCCCUGGAAAGCCCCCCUACAACACCUGGAACCGGAGGAGCCAACAGUAGCAACAGCAAUAACAACUGUAGCGGCCAUGCCUCUGGCAGUCAUCAUCACAUCAGCACGGCCAACACAAUCGGUGGCAGCGUCCUGGACCCAAACGAUAUACCGAUCACAAUAACCACACCCGAGCAUCACCAUCAAGCAGCCGGUGAUACCGGUACCACACGCCGUAAGCGAUUUCAUCCACUGCGUAACUUGAGGCGAAUUUUCCGACGUCGCACCGUUUCGUCAGCCGAUGCCACACCUCGUCAGUUGCUGGCCAAGAGUCAAACCCAUAUUCACUUUGCAACGUCGGGUUGCUCGACCACGGAUGCCACACUGCCCCGAACUGGCCUCGGGGUGCCGAUCACAAUUCGGGCCGACUCGGGUGGUGGUGGUGGCGGUGGGAGCGGUGGCGUAGGAGCCGGAUUCUACAAACGGGAAACUUACCGCCUUCGGGACGCCGAUGACCUAGACAAGGAGAUGUCCGAUUACCAAAGGAGCCUCAGCGAAGGCCGUCUGGUGGAUAGCGACAUAAGCCGCGAUGGCUUGUCCCAGUCCCACGACAGCGUGUUCUCGGAAUCCGCCGGUACGGCCAGCAGUCUGUCGAUUACGCUAAAGAAUGAACUGGCAGAUGUACUGCGGAAACGAAGAAAAGAUCGACACAAUGAGGCUUCCGAUGAGGAUCUGGGCUUACCACAGAGCCCUAUCACACCGCAGCGAAAGGAUCGAGGAAUCAACAAAAGUGAAGGAUCGCUCAGCAUCCUCAGCAUGACCAGUUCUGAUCUGGACCUGGAAGAACGAUCAGCUUCCAAUGCCAGUGGACACAACCUGCUACACCUGGAUUCAUCCAGCUCCAGUACAUAUAAUCGGUCGAUUGAUAAUCAAGAUGGAAUCGAUUCGCCUUCCUCGAAGCUCAGUCAUUCAGCUGCCAAACACAAGUUGGCCGUUAGACCAAAGAAGAAAGGACCAACUCGUGCUAGGCCACGCGCUCGAGAGUCGUCGGUCCUACCAGCUACACCGGAGGUCAACGAAGACACAUUCAAGCUAUCCACACAAGACAUUCCUGCUGAACUACCGAUCAUGGCAAACGAAGAAGAAGAAAAGUGUCAUUCUCUGCCGUACAUGAAUCCAGGCGCUCUCACCACUACGACACAUUCAGUGCUAACAAGCAGCAGCAGUACUAGCAUCAUCAAUAGGUCGCCUGCGAAACAGCUGCCGCCAGUGAGCUCCAAACUUUCUGCGUCAGCUUCACUGUCUGCAUCCAGUGAAACACAUCCCAAUACAACAAUUUACGUUAACAGAAACAUUUCAAAGAGCUACGAUUUCAAUGGUCAUAACGCAGAUCAAUUUAUAACCGAGGAGAUAGAUCAGGUCACUGGCGGAAAGAAGGAAGAUGAUGGGUUCUUUAAGAGAAUUCUCAACUAUAGCUUCAAGAAGAAAAAACAUGAGCAAGGAGUGAAAGAGGAUCUGUCAUCCACUAUACCAGUAGUAUCAUCCAGAAAAGAAGAUAACACUAGCACAGUGUACAUUACUCCGGGUAUGAGCAUUGCACCAGAGCCAACUGUAAAACUGACAUUACCGGUUUGCGAAGCCGAUGUUCCAGACAUGAGUGGUUACAAAAAAAUCAAAGCGGGGCCAGCUGCUAGACAGAGAGUCUUCCCAAAAGAUAUUUUCAACGCCGAAGUUGACACUCCUCGUGAAGCACAACGUUAUUCGUCUAAUGUCGAGGUGAACCGUCAUUCAACAUCGUCCAAUGGAAGUGGAUCGAUUGUUAUCAGUGGUGAUACAAAAGCUGUGCAACACAAGAGUGAAGAGUAUUUGGUAUCUAAAAGUCGGAAAUUAUCGGAAAGGAGCUUUGAUGAUGAGGAUGAUGAAGAAGACGUCGGUCGCAUGUAUCAUUCGAAUGUCGAUAAACUAAAAAACCCAAAGAUCUAUGGACUGAGUCCUUACCAACAAAGAAUAGCAAAGAUCGCAGUUAACCAGGGUGAGUCACCCAAGGAGAGCCCUUCAAAGCGCAAAGCAGUUGAGAAAUCCAAGAGUUUCCGAGUGUACAGUGACAGUGUUUCGAACAAUCUAACCAACGCUAAAAAUUUACCUAGUCUACCCAAUUUGACAAACUCUCUAUCCAUUGGAAACUUCACCAAUAACUUCCUGGAAACCGAGCACAAAUUUUUCAGCAUGACUGAAAACAUUAACAUUGCAAAUCAGAAAAUAUUCAAAGACUACAUUACCAAUGUCGAUGAUCAAAUUGGCGAAGAUGGGCGAAUAAUAUCUUCGAAUUCUUCACUGCAGAAAUUCGAAAUCAAUGAUAACAAUCUGUUGAAUCCACGUGAGCAGGAGCACGUUGAUCAUCAGCCCAAGUCGAUUGUGCUAACAACAAACACAAUUGCUCCACCAGAACCAAACGGUAUUUUGCACAAGUCAAAUCAAAAUAUUUCCCAAAUAGAGGAGACCAUCGAUAAACUGGUAUCAUCACCAUUCGUUAGCAUAAUCAAAGAUGCUGCGGGUAGCAAUGAUCGCUUAGAUCAAGUGGACCCACAAAUGGUAAGCAAUAAUGUGCCAGAGUUUAUGAAGAUUCAACUAAACCGCGUUGAUACACCCCGCUCUAAAUCUACUGUGGUGCUCUCAACGUCGACUCCUUUGAGUAGCACUACGUCAACUCCAUCACCUAGUCCAGCUCUGCCUCUGACCAUAGCAGAUGAGUCAAUUAAGACACGACGAUUCAGCAAUGAGAAUAUCGAGAUUACAGAAAAUAAACCACCAUUGCCACCGUCGGCAGCAAUUGUCGCUGCAAGAAAUAGUUUCGUAGAAGUACCAAAGAGUCCUCCAGCUUUUAAAAGGGCUGAUGUUGGAUCCAAACGAAAUUCGGUCAAUCUAACCCAGGAAAUGGCAGACGAUAGGAAAGUGAUACUUCAACGUAGAACGUCUGUGACAGAAGAGAAGAUUAAAUACGAACGUAGAAUUUCUUCUUCAUCAGAGGAUAUCAAAAUAGAGAGAAAAAAGUCUGGAUCAGAAGAACUACUGGAAAAGCGAAGUAGCAACUAUAACAGUGGCUCAAGCAGUGGAGAUGAGCUAGUUGUAAUGCGCAAGAAAUCGAUUGUUGAUUCAAUCAAAGACAAGGAUAAGGAUACACCGGAAUUGAUGAAAGUUUUUGCGCGGAGAUCGUUGAAGCUGCGAUCUGAUGAAGAGUACAGACCUGGAGAAGCAAAGCCUCUAUCAAACGUCGAUAGCGAUAAAGAGAACCAGUCGAGUGAGGAGAAGCUCGACAAAAUUGUCAAGCCUGACAGUGCGUCUAUGGUAUCAAAGAGUAUAUCAACAGGAUUGACCAAGGAGCAUACCGAUGGAAAAACAACACCAGAGAACAGUUCCAAUGAAAAUCUGAGAAAAAGCACUCCGAAGCCUUUCGGUGUACCCAACCGAUUUGGAAACACAGCCAACGUGCAAACCAAAAACACCACAUCGUUUGUAGAACUCCGCAAGUCUUUAAUUCCAUCACCCACGGUGACAGCAAGUGCUAAUGUCAACAAUAAUAAUAAUAAUUUUACGAAAACUCCGACGGACAGUAACGAGAAUAGUAUUAAUGCAAUCAAUAAUAACAACAACAACAACAAUAGCAACCGCCAUACAAUUGCCACAAUGAAUCAGUUCAAUUUGAAUGCCAGCAAUAAUAAUUCCAAUGGUAGUAACAAUGGGAAUAGUGCAACAACAAUCGAAGCCAUUGGAGAAGCGAGUGAAUUUAAAGGUAUAUUACAGAGAAGAGCUGAGUGGGAAAAGCGAGCGAAGGAAGGAUUUAAAUAAUCCACUGAUAACUGAAACUUCCAUCCAUGCAAGCUAGAAAUCACUGUAGAUCAGUGUAGAGUAGAAGUUCUGUCAUUUACACAAAGCUCAAUAAAGACUUGCUCACUGAUGUUUUUUAACUUACUAGCACCCUCACAAUGAACACCCAACAACACAUUAAACUCGUCAUUUACGAUAAAAGUACCAGAUUUCUAGUAUGAUUAUUGGCUUCUCAGUGUUUGAUAUAUCUCCCACCGAGUUGCAACAUAUUUCUACAAAACGAGUAGAGAAGUAGUAGCUGUGUUAGUUAAAACCAAUAGUGUGAACAUAAGGUGGUGCAUUCAUCAUGAAACAUUCUUGCAUUGGAAGGAACUGAUUCACAAUACAUUCUCGGCAUAUGCUCCUAAAUACGCAUUCUUUGCAUCAUAUCUCGCGAUAAUAUUCAACUUAACUAUGCGUUUCUGUCGAUGAACUCUUUUUGUGCAGCCGUGGUAAAAUGCGAAAAUUGAUCACUGCAAUUCCCUAAAUGGAAAUGCAUAUCAAAAACGAUAAUCAAAAUACGAAAUUAAUUUCAACACUAAACAAAUGUGAUAAAAAUAUUAUAGUUAUGUAAAAAUAUAUUGGAACGCGAUAUUUUUGUUAGAACCUAUACUAAAAUUGUGAAGUUGAGCUUUAUUGUCUGACUAUUCCAUUCUUUAAAUAAAACAUUAUAAUGACGAUUUUUCGACUCAACGGUAAAAUCGGUUUUACUCAUCCGUUAAAAUUUUCGUAAAGCGUGGUUAUGCCAACGGUUGUCGUUGAUUCACGUUCAACCACACAUAAACUGUAAAUAUCAAACGAAUGCAAUGGACUUAGCUGUUAGGUUUUAGUCCUGGUUCGUCGAUUGAACCACUUUCUGUAAAAUCGGAGAAUGAACAUAUUUAUACAUUUAAAAAACCAAUAUCACUUAGUCAUAGUAUAGCGAAUGUUAAGAAAAAUACAUAUAUUUAAAACUGUAACAGAAUCAAAAACGUGUUGAUCAUUGAUGGAAGAUUCAUCAGAUGAAAUUGAAAUUCAUGAAGAGGUAGCGAUACAUAUAUUUACCAAGUGUUGUAGUAUUUUACGCUUUGAACUUUAUCGAUCUUUUUCACAUUUUCUCCAUAAACACAACCACGAACUCAAACACCUACAUACCAAGAUUUCCAUCCAUGUGAACAAUAGAUGGAUAUAGAGUGAGCUGAAAAACAGUUGAAAGCUGUUCGCUUUUGUCCAGUUGAAAAUAAGAUGGUAUAGUGGAAGCAAGAGUAAUAAUAGCAUUCAGUGUACAUGUAGCUCUUAAUGACGAUACAUAAAUUGCUAAUAAACUGUGUAAGAAAAAAUGUAA